AUGUUUGGUGGCGAUGAGGUUGCGGCCUUGGUGCUCGACAUCGGCUCGUCGACGACCCGAAUCGGAUUUGCUGGUGAGGAUACGCCAAAGUCGGUCAUGCCGUCGUGUGUUGGCGCACGGGUCGAGCCGGCCAAGGCCAGUGGUGCCGUCGGCUCGUCGGCAUCGGCAAACGAGGCUGCCAUGGAUCUUGAGGAUCCGGUCCAUCACUCGGGCGCAGGCAAGUCACGGUACAUUGUGGGCUCUGGCGCGCUCUGCGUCUCGCGGCCGCACGUCGAGCUCACGCCCAUCAUGCACCACGGCCUCAUCACCGACUGGGAGGGCACACAGGCGAUACUGAACCACGCAUUCACUUCGGUGCUCCAGGUCGACCCCUCGCAACACCCGCUGCUCUUCACCGAGUCGGUCUUCAACACCCGCUCCGCCCGCGAAAAGCUCACCGAGCUCGCCUUUGAGACGUACGGCGCACCAGCGUACUUUGUGGCCAAGGACGCCGUACUCUCCACCUACGCCGUCGGCAAGCCGUCUGGUGUCGUCCUCUCAUCCGGCGGCUCGGUCACCACCGCCUCAGUCGUCUCGGACGGCUACGUCCUGCAGAAGACCGUGGUUCGCAACCACGCUAUCGGCGGCAACUCGCUCAACAAGGUUCUCCAUCACCUCGUCGAGGCCGCCGGAGGCCGGGUCACCCCGCGCCACGGCUUCAAGCUCGUCACCGACGACGAGGGCAACACCACCGUCGAGUACACCGACGACAUCCGCGUCACCCACUCGUACGACUCGUUCACCCGCUCCGCCCUCCUCGACGACAUCAAGCGCUCCGUCUGCGCCUUUGCGCCCGCAGACGCCUUUGGUGCCUCCACCGGCUCGGUCCCGGUCGUCCCGUACGAGCUCCCCGACCGCACCGUCCUCGAUCUCGGGCCCGAGCGCUUCCUCGUCCCCGAGGUCCUCUUUCGCCCGCGCUGGUUCUACGAAGACCGCUUCCGCCCCCACGCCACCGCCUCGGAGCCGGUCGCCAUGGACACCGGCGAAGACUCGGUCGCCGCUGCCUCGCGCCUCCCGGCCGCCCCGCCGCUCACCCCCGACGACUCGAUCCGCAAGCCCGAGUGGCUUUCCAAGCCCGGCACCCGCUACAACGAUGCUGACCCUAUCUCCGGUGACCUCGGCCACCGCGACGAUUCGCUCGGCGUCCACGAGAUGGUUUACAAGUCGGUCUCGCUCGCAGACGUCGACCUCCGCCGCGACCUCUUCGGCUCUGUCAUUGUCACCGGCGGCAACACCCUGUUCCCAGACUUUACCCCGCGCCUCCGCAAGCACCUCGCCCCGCUUCUUCCGCAGACCUUCAAGGUCAAGGUCUCUUCCAUCAACACCCCCACCGAGCAGCGCUUUGCGCCCUGGAUCGGCGGCUCCAUCAUGGCCUCGCUCGGCUCCUUCCACUCGCUCUGGAUCUCCAAGCAAGAGUACGAGGAGCACGGCGCCGCGCUCGUCCACAAAAAGUGCCCGUAACUCGUCUGGCUUUCUACUGCUUGUGGAAGUAAACACAGCACUGCUCGCG